AUGACAGAGUACAGAUCCAUUUUGGACGAGGCGGUGCAGGUGCGACUCACGACAUCACUUCAUUUGAGAUUGGGUCACCUUACUGGUAAACUAGGCAACGUGGCCAAGUCCUCGCGUCAGGAUUCUCGAAGAACCAGCUACAGCUUCGAACCCCAAGUAGUCGGACGUGAAGUGCGCGGAAGAAGAUUCAGAACCGGGAUUGGAGGUGUAGGAAACAUCUCAUCCACAAAUAAACUUGGAGAACGACCUGAAGCCGAAGAUAUGGCUUGCUUAAUGUGUGACAUUCAAGCCCCCGGAAUUGUUCUUGUCGAAGGAAGCGCCCAUACUGGAAGAGGUGUGGGGUCCAAUACGUAUCAGCCCACCGAUGCUGAGAUCGAGGAAGCCCGCAUGAACAACGAGAAUAUGCGCCGACAAAGUAUUACGAGCAUCAAUCAACGAAGAGAGAGCCCAGCUGCUAGUCUUCCGUCAAAUACCUGGGCCAGCAGAAGGACAAGCGUUGCUGAUUCCAUGAAGGAUUUCAUCAUGGGGCGAAGGACGAGUAAAUUCUGA